AUGUUAUUUCCCUACAAGAAAGUCCUCAUUAUCGGCGCCACCUCCGGCAUUGGCAAAGCGCUUGCGACCAGAAUCGCCGAGAACGGUACUCAGCUCGUGAUUGCCGGCAGGCGAAAGGAGAACCUGGAUGAGUUCGUGGAGCAGUAUGGAAGCGAGAAGGUCGAUUCACGAGUCUUUGAUGUGAUGCAGUUGGACCAGAUUCCCCGCUUUGCCUCUGACGUGACGACCGCCCACCCCGACCUCGACUGCAUCUUCAUCAACUCCGGCAUUCAGCGCCCCUUUGACUUCUCGAAACCUGAAUCCGUUGAUCUGGAUAUCUUUGACCAGGAACUCAUUACAAACUACACCGCCGCCGUCCGCAUAACCCACGCUUUUCUCCCACAUCUCCAGAGCAAGUCGACGCAGACCGCGCUCGCAUACACAACAUCCCAGAUGGCACUUGUCCCCAUGAUGCGUUGUCCCAAUUACGGCGCCUCGAAGGCCGCACUGCACCAUUUUAUUCUCUCUCUGCGGACGCAGGUCGCCGAUGGGCCGGGGAAUGUGAAGGUGUUGGAGAUUUAUCCCCCCGCGGUGCAGACGGAGCUGCAUGAUGCGAAGCAUCAGCCGGAUUUGAAGGAUGGGCAUUUGAUCGGGAUGCCGUUGGGAGAGUUUGUGGAUGAGGUGUGGGGGAGAUUGAAGGGUGGGGAGGUGCAGAUUGCUGUUGGGUCGGCGGCGGAGCUUUAUCAGGCAUUUGAGAUCAAGAGGCAGGAGUUGUAUAAGGAUAUGACGGAGAUGUUGGCGGGGGUGUUGAAGAUGUUUUUGCGGUGA